GGGGACACCGGGAGCACCAGGAUGCGGGGGUUGGUGGCGCUGCUGGCGGCGCUGAGCUGCGCGGCCCCGGCGGGGCGGGCGGCGGCUCCCGGAGGUGUCCUCAGCUCCAACGCCAUCAAGGGAGCCCCCCCCGGGGGGGCGGCCGAAGCCAGCGCCGCCCCCGCACCCCCCUUCGACGGCAGCAACAAGGCCCCGCCGGCCGCCACCCGGCAGCCUUUCCCGUGCGCAGAGGACGAGGACUGCGGUCCCGAGGAGUUCUGCGGGGGAGCGGCCCGCGGCGGGGGAGCCCCGCUGUGYCUCGGCUGCCGGCGCCGCCGCAAGCGCUGCCUGCGCGAUGCCAUGUGCUGCCCGGGCAUGACCUGCAGCAACGGUCUCUGCACGCCCCCGGAGCCGCCCCACGGAGCCGCUGAGCCGGAGGAGAUGGGCACUGAGGCGCUGCCCCGACGGACGCCCGCUCCCGCCUGGCUCCCCACGGUCAAAGGCGAGGAGGGCGAUUUCUGCCUGCGCUCGUCCGACUGCGCUGCCGGGCUGUGCUGCGCCCGCCACUUCUGGUCCAAGAUCUGCAAGCCCGUGCUGCGGGAGGGGCAGGUGUGUACCCGGCACCGGCGGAAAGGCACCCACGGCCUGGAGAUCUUCCAGCGCUGCCACUGCGCCGAGGGGCUGUCGUGCCGGCCGCAGCGGGAGCACGGCCCCGCAGACCCGUCCCGCCUGCACACCUGCCAGCGGCACUGAGCCCGGCUCCACAGGCUCCGGCCCCGCCGGAGCGAAGGCUGUUUCUCAAGGGAACUACUUCGAAGCGACUUCUUGCAGUACGUUACUGUGUUGUGAAUACUCGAGCUGGCACUUAGCUGUACAUAAAGCCGGGACUUUUUAAAUUACGACGAAUGACUUUUUCGUGAYUUUUAAUGAGUUGUUGUUUUGCGUUUGUCCGAGGGCGCUGCCUGACGCCCUUCAAGCCGUGACUGUGACUUUGUACACACUGGGUUUUUCRUUCUGGCUCGAAGGGGCGCCACCGCAUGAACUCUUCUUUCAAUCCACCCCGAGCUGCCCGUGCGGCUGC